AUGCUGACAUCCAUGCCGUUGCCGGUGGGGUCUCAGUGCAACAGUGACUACCCACUGCAAGACCACCACCAUCAUCGCCUUUAUCCGCAACACCAGGCACCAACCAUACAACAGCACCAACACAACCAUGCCACGAACAAGCAGCGGCUGUCCCAGGGUACCUUCUUCAACACACAUGCAGACGACGCGUUAUCCCGCUCACACCUCAGCAGCACCAAGGGUGCAGGCACAAUCGGGCACAGCAAUAGCAGCGCCCCUGGCGCUGAAACGCCAUUCUCAGCCGCAGCCCGACUGGCACUCUUGCAAGACGUGGAGACGACAUCAGCUCAACACGAGGAUGAUACCAGUACUUCACAGCAGAACCGCCGGCACCGCAAUGCCAAGCAGCGAUGGCAGCACCAGCAUCAGCAGCACCAACAGGGGUUUCGGUGCACGUCCCGGGCAGAGAUGCAGCAGCAUGCUGAAGCGGCGCUCAGGCUGUUUGCGGUUACGGAGACACCUGCAGCCGUGGCAAGCACGCUGCAGGCCAUGGAGACAGCAGGCAUCGCGCUGGACGAGGAGCACGUGCACCAGCUUGUGCGGUGUUACGCGUUUGCAGGCGACACAGAGCGCGUGCAUGCCACGCUGCGUGUGCUCGCGGCAGGGCACCACAGCCCCUCCCCUGCCCUGUGGACAACUGUCAUGUCGGCGUACGAGCCGCCAAUCACAAACGAGAAGCUCAUCGCGCUCGGGCAGACACUUGAUCUUUUCCUGUUCCCCGAAGCACAAUCAGCAUCCCUAGCCGCGGGCGACGAAGGCAUCCCCUACAGCAGCCCACGCGGCAGCAGUGGCAGUGGUGCGUUGGUUGGCAGCAUCGAUGACAUUGGUGUGCUGCGCGACCAGGUGGAUCCCGCGCACCUGCUGCAGCAGCCGCUGCUGUCGCGGUACAUCCUCAAGCAUGCGCACGCGCGGCUGCCGUCUGCCCCGCCCGUCGAGCUGUGGGACCAGGUGGUGUGGUGCUAUGCGCUGUGCAAGGAGCUGUCUGCGGCGCGGGCCCUCCUGCAGACGAUGCGGCAGGCCGGCGUGGAGCCAACCAUGGACACGCACGCGUUUGUGAUGAUGGCGCACGGGCGCGCGUACGAGGCAGAUAUGGCACUGGCCAUGUUCGACUCGCUGCAGCGGCAGCACACGCGGCUGUCGCUGUCUGUGUACCUGUGCAUCAUGGACGCCCUGGCACAGACGGCGCAGCCGCAAGAGGCACGGGCCGUGUUCGACACCAUGGUGCGCAGCGGCAUCGCGCCCACCACCACCGCAUACAACAAGCUCGUCAAGGCCUAUGCGCACAGCCGCAGCCCCGAGCUUGCCGCGCGUGUGGUGGACACGAUGAGGGGGGAUGGCCUCCUGCCCAACGAGACGACGUACCGGUGUUGGAUGUACGGGUACGCCCGCACACGCGACCCGGCCGGCGCCGAGGCGCUGCUGCACGAGAUGCAGCUGCACGGCAUGCAGCCGUGUGCGCAGACGUUCAACAUCCUUGUGUACUGCUACGCAAUGGCCGGGGAGGUGGGCACUGCCCGGGCUGUCAUCGACCGCAUGAUCGAGUGCGGGGAGAGGCCGCUCACCGUCUCGUUCAACGUGCUCGCAAACGCAUACGGGCGCCAGCACAACCUCGAUGCCCUGCGCGCGCUGGUGACGGACAUGGCUGAGGCGAAUGUGGCGCCCAACUUGGUGACCUACAACACGCUCAUCAAGUCGUUCUGCAUGAACCACCAGGUUGACAAGGCGGAGGCGACGGUUGGCCGCAUGAUUGAGUCCGGGCUCGCCGGCGACCUGUCCACCUGGGGCGCCCUUGCAGGCGCGUAUGCACGCAAGGGCCACAUCGACAGCCUCCUCCUCACAUUUCGCCGGUGCAUCGCAGGCGGCUGCUUGCCAAAUAAGCAGAUGUUCGACAUGGUGGUGUUCCUCCUGUCGCGCGCGUCUGUGCCCGAGGCCGAGCGGUUGCACACCAUCACGACUAUUGCACACAUGAUUGUUGAUGCGGCGCAGGACGACCCAGACGCAAACCGCGCCCUCAUCCAACACUGCUUGCACAGCGUCACGGCGUCGUAG